UUAAAUUUCAGAUGAAAAGAGAAAAAAUUGAAUACGGAAUAACGAGAGUUGUGAAAAAUGGCACCACCAGAUCCCCUGACACAGAUGAACACGUACAGAUCGUACGUGACGAUGCUGGCGGAUCCAGGAUCAAAGGACGAAUUGAAACUCAAAGCUGCACAGGAAUUAUCCGAGAACUUCGAAGUGAUAAUGUGUGCAACGCAAUAUCCAGCCUUUCUAGAUCACCUGAUGAAGAUAUUCUUGAAGAUUCUUCAGGAAGGAGAGCCCCACUUCAUAUCAGAGUACAAUAUCCAGCAAGUUAGGAAGCUCAUCCUCGAGAUGAUCCAUCGGCUUCCCACCAACGAUUAUCUCCGUCCUUACGUCAAACAAAUUCUCAGCCUUAUGCUCAAACUACUUGAGACUGAAAAUGAGGAGAACAUUCUCGUCUGUUUGAGAAUCAUCAUCGAAUUGCACAAGCAGUACAGACCACCUUUUAACCCAGAGAUUCAGCACUUCCUGCAGUUCGUCAAAUCAAUCUACUCAGAGCUCCCGAAGAAUCUCCCGAAGAUAUUCGAGCCUCGGCCGCCCCUCUCUGUAGAAGAUCUUGCAGAAAUAAACAUCGAGUCCCUGCUCAAGGAGACCUUUACAAUAACAGCUAUUCAAAGCGAGAAGAAAGCAGCAGACGGUACAGUUGUAACAUACAACUUAAUCCCAAAGGCAGUUCUAUCCUUGAAAGUCUUGCAGGAACUUCCAAUAAUCGUCGUCCUGAUGUACCAAAUAUACAAGCAAAACGUUCAUCAAGAUGUAGCGGACUUCAUCCCUCUCAUAAUGACGACUAUUACUCUUCAGCCCUCCCCCCAGCACCGGUCAUCACCAGGUUUCAACAAAGAGGUCUUCGUUGAUUUUAUGGGUGCGCAAAUCAAGACCCUGAGCUUUCUUGCUUACAUAAUAAGAAUUUACCAGGAAGUUGUCUCCCAACACAGUCAGAUGAUGGUAAAAGGAAUGCUGGGACUGCUGACACUGUGUCCCAUGGAAGUUGCUCAUCUCAGAAAGGAAUUGCUCAUCGCAGCACGUCAUAUUCUAGCAACAGAUCUCAGAACAAAGUUUGUGCCCCACAUGGAACGACUCUUCGAUGAACAAGUCCUUCUGGGCAAUGGCUGGACAACCCACGAGUCCCUCAGACCUUUGGCCUACUCCACUCUGGCAGAUCUUGUCCAUCACGUCAGACAACUUCUCCCCUUGAGUGAUCUAGCUCGAGCUGUCCACCUCUUCAGCAAAAAUGUUCACGAUCAGAGUCUCCCCACGACAAUCCAAACAAUGUCCUGCAAACUCCUUCUCAACUUGGUCGAGUGCAUCCGUCAGAGAAGUGACGCAGAGAGCUCCACCCAGGGCAGAGAACUUCUCAUGCGAAUGCUUGAGGUUUUUGUGCUUAAGUUCAAGACAAUAACUAAACUCCAGAUGCCAGUACUCUUGAAUAAAACCAGAGGACCAGCCCAGACUCCUCCUGGACCCAGUGACGCGAAGACUGAAGACGUUAAACCUGUCAUCGAGACCGACGACAAAGAAACUAAAUCGAAAUUCGGAUUUCCCCAGUCUCAAUCUAAUAAUUACAACGUCGCUGAUUACAGAUCACUCGUGAAGACUCUUGUCUGCGGUGUUAAAACUAUUACCUGGGGCUGCGCAAACUGCAAGACAGGAGAUGUCGUUCAGUCGAAGCAGUUUCAACCAAAAGAGACACUGGUGUUUAUUAGAUUAGUCAAAUGGGCGCUUCAGGCACUCGAUAUCUACACCAUAGGACCCCCAACGAUGGGUUCCUCCGUUCCAGGUCAAGUUGGAAGACCAGUUCAGCCUCAAACUGUUCGAACUAAAGAGGAGAAAGAGGUUCUCGAGCAUUUCAGUGGAGUCUUCUCCAUGAUGAAUCCUCAGACGUUCCAGGAGAUUUUUUCAACGACAAUAGACUACAUGGUUGAGAGAAUCUCAAAGAACUGCGCUCUCCAAAUCGUGGGCAAUUCGUUCCUGGCUAAUCCAACCACUUCCCCAAUAUUUGCUACUGUUCUAGUAGAGUAUCUCCUGGAGAGAAUGGACGACAUGGGAUCGAAUGUCGAAAGAUCGAAUUUGUACUUAAGACUGUUUAAACUGGUCUUUGGUUCUGUCUCCCUGUUUCCAGCUGAGAACGAGCACAUGUUGAGGCCACAUCUCCACCAGAUAGUAAACAGAUCGAUGGAGUUGGCAAUGAGUGCGAAGGAACCUUACAAUUACUUUCUACUGCUCCGAGCCUUAUUCAGAUCAAUUGGAGGGGGCUCCCACGAUCUUCUCUAUCAGGAGUUUCUGCCUCUCUUGCCAAAUCUGUUGGAGGGACUCAACAGACUCCAGUCAGGAUUACACAAGCAACACAUGAAGGAUUUAUUCGUGGAAUUGUGCCUAACUGUUCCAGUAAGAUUGUCAUCACUUCUUCCUUAUUUACCAAUGCUGAUGGAUCCUCUGGUUUCGGCUCUCAAUGGGAGUCACACACUGGUGUCCCAGGGCCUCCGAACCCUGGAGCUGUGUGUCGACAAUCUGCAACCUGAUUUUCUUUAUGAGCACAUACAACCGGUCAGGGCAGACUUGAUGCAGGCCCUCUGGAGAACCCUCCGUAAUCCCACAGAUCAAGUAGCGCAUGUAGCUUUCAGAGUCCUUGGAAAAUUUGGUGGUGGUAACAGGAAGAUGAUGAUCGAACCCCAGAAGCUUGAUUACAAUGACAGAGAGACAAACUCUCCAUCCAUCGUCGCUAACUUUAUGGACCAACAGAACAAAACACUGUCAAUUGAUUUUCCUGUGGAGAAGGUCAUAGAGACUGCAUUCACAGCUCUUAAAUCCAACACGACCGAUCCAUUCUACAGAAGACAGUGCUGGGAAGUGAUCAAUUGUUACCUCGCAGCAUCUCUAAGGCUCGACGAUGACAGAUCGAUUCUUUAUAAACUCUUCACUCAUCCUAGCUUCAAAGAGGGUAAAAUUCUUCAUCAACAGGGACAUUACUACAAGUGCCCUGAUGUAGUCACGAGAAAUGUUCAGCAGACAGCAUUGACAGGACUCUUCGUGGCAGCUGCGAUAAAGGAAUUACGACAGUCUGUUCUGGGGACAAUGGUCUCACUUGUUAGGCAUUACACGAUGAUUGCGAUUGCUCAGCAGGCAGGUCCCUUCUGCCAAACAGCUAGACCUGGAAGACUAACUGCAGCUCUGAUAUCUAGCAAUCAGGGACUCGAUUCGCUAGUCCUCAUCGAUGCAUUGGCUGUUAUCAUGGGACACGAAGAGAAAGAAUUGUGCAAACCAGGGCAUCUGGCUCUGGUGCUGAUUUUAGAAACAGCCACCAAUAUUCUGGGGAGCAAAGAGAGGGCCUGUCAAUUACCCCUCAUGGAAUAUUUAGCUGAGAAAAUGUGCUCCUUGUGUUAUGAACGAGCUUGGUACGCCAAACUCGGUGGCUGUAUCGCCAUUAAAUUUCUCUUUGAGCACAUGGCGACAAAGUGGGUGCUAAAUCACCUAUUCGUGUUUCUGAAGGCUCUCAUGUUCGUGAUGAUGGAUUUGACAGGAGAAGUCUCGAAUGGUGCCAUCGACAUGGCCAAAGCUAAUCUCGAGCAGAUGCUCAAGGUGUGCGUCAAUUCAGGGACUGUCAAGAGGGAGAUGAUGGAGACAGAUGACAAUGCGACGUCUCAGGAUCUCAUUGAGGCUCAGAAUAAGAGCCUUUACGAAGUGACUCAUGAGUUGGUACGACAGGUAACCUCUCCUCAUACCAUUGUUCGAGAACAGGCGAUGGCUUCCCUUCGUCUUCUCGCUAACAUCCAACAGAAGACUGUAACCGAAGUGAUGGAACCUCACAAGGAGGUGCUAGCUGAUAUGAUUCCCCCGAAGAAACAUCUGCUGAGGCAUCAGCCAGCCAAUGCCCAAAUCGGAUUGAUGGAUGGAAAUACUUUCUGCACAACUCUCUCACCGAGACUAUUUACUAUUGAUCUGCAGAUAAUGGAGCACAAGGUCUUCUUCCAAGAGCUUCUGACCCUUUCAGAGGCUGAAGACACGACCCUACAGAAACUCCCUUGUUACAAAUCAGUGACCAAUCUCAUUCCCCUAAGGAAAUCUGCACUAAGGGCACUCGCAGCAUGUCAUUACAUCGUCAACUGUCGUGAUAAAAUUUUUGGAGUACUGUAUAAAGCCCUGGAGAAGCCCAACGCUGAAUUACAAGAGGCUGCAUUUGAAUGCAUGAAGAAAUUCAUUGCUGGAUUCCAGAUUGAAAUGGAGAACGUGCAUUCGAUCAUGAGACCAAUGCUUUUAACUCUGGGAGAUCAUAGAAAUCUGUCUCUGAAUUGUGUUAAGAGACUCUCGUAUUUGACUCAAUUGUUUCCCAGUACUUUCAGUAUUACUCUGUGUGAGCAGCUCCUUCAGCAUCUCAAGAAACUCUUGGAGAAUCUGAUACAGGCCCACAAGGGGGUGUCGAGAUCAGGGGAGAAUGAGCAAAAGAUUGCCACGAUUAUUGGUAUAUUUCAUCAGAUCCCAGCAGCCACUCCGAAAUUCAUUGAUGUUCUUUGUCGUCUAGUUCUGCAAACUGAAAAGUCACUUUUAGUGGAGGCCUCGAGCCUUUUCAGAGUCCCAUUAAUGAGAUUCUUGCUGAGAUAUCCAACUGAAACCCUCAAUCUCUACUUGCAUGACAAUAAUAUCAAAGAUCAACAGUGGUCGAGGUACUUGGAAUUUCUGAUAAAGCACAAGGAGGGUAAACCCUUCAGGGAUGUUCUUCACAAUAACACGAGUCGUCUCAUCACGAUGCUCCUAGCCCACUCCCAAACAAAUUCAACAUUGACUCAAGCAGAGAAGAGCGAAUUACAGCAUCAGGCCAUCAGAAUAAUCUCGGUAUUAAUAAAGUUCGAUGAGCAAUGGCUCUUCAAUCAGGAACAGCUCAUCGGAGCAUUGAAGCAGAUCUGGUGCAAUGAUGAAUAUCAAGCCCUCCACAAGAAAAUUGAUUCCGUCGACUUUUCCCGUUGGAAGGAGCCCAAACUCAUCGUCAAAAUCCUCCUCCACUACUUCGGCCAUCAUCCCAAUGACAUCGAUCUUCUCUUUCAACUUCUCAGGGCUAAUUGCGAUCGAUUCAUCCCAGACUUCCAGUUCUUACGAGAUUUCCUGGAGACAACAGUUGCUCAGGAGUACACAGUAGAGUGGAAGCGAGCAGCUUUCUUCAGAUUUGUCGAGUACUUCCCCACCAAUAAUAUGUCUCAAGAGCUAAAAGCUAAAGUUCUACAGUUGAUUAUUAUCCCGUGCUUUGCUGUCAGCUUCGAACGAGGUGAGAGUGUAAAGUUGAUGGGCAGUGCACCAAUGCCUUAUCAAGAUAAUCCUGAGAACGUCGUGUCAGUCUUCAUCAGCAAGAUUAUUGAUUCUGACAAUCCAUUCGGUUCAGCUGAUUGUGUGAGAAUUUCGCUGCUUCAGUUUUCAUGUCUUUUGGUGGAGCAAGCCAGUCAACAUAUCCACGAUGCAACCAACAAACGUCAGGGACACAAGCUCAGGCGACUGAUGACAUUUGCCUGGCCUUGUCUACUUGGCAAGAACUGCGUAGAUCCAGCAACUCGUUACCAUGGACACCUCCUGCUCUCCCACAUUAUCGCCAAAUUUGCCAUUCACAAGAGAAUUGUUCUUCAGGUAUUCCAUUCCCUGUUGAAAGCUCACGCCGUUGAAGCGAGAAGUGUUGUGCGUCAGGCCCUGGAAAUUCUGACACCCGCAAUGCCAGUGAGAAUGGAGGAUGGCAACACAAUGCUGACACACUGGACAAAGAAGAUAAUCGUCGAGGAGGGACACUCCAUGCAGCAGCUCUUCCAUAUUCUCCAGUUGGUGGUUCGCCACUAUAAAGUUUACUAUCCAGUUCGUCAUCAUCUGGUCCAGCACAUGGUGAACUCCAUCCAGAGACUUGGUUUCAGUCCAACAGCAACCAUUGAACAUCGAAGGUUAGCCGUGGAGCUGGCGGAGGUAAUCAUCAAGUGGGAAUUACACAGGAUAAAGGACGAGGCAGAGGCUGCUGGUGAAAUAAUAACAUCGACAGGUGGAAUUAAACGGCAAGCCCCAGCAGGCGAUGAUUUCUCGUCAAAGAGGCAGACUGUGGGGCCUGCUAUGAGUCCAGGUGUCCCUGUGCAGCCCCGAGUUGAACCUGGAUCUACAAAACCUAUUGAACGUGCCCAUGCUGAUGCAAUUCUCAACUUCUUGCUGAGGCUAGCCUGCCAGGUCAAUGAUGGAACCACAACGACAACUCCAGCUGCAACUACAGCUGCUGUUGCAGCUGCUGCAGCAGCGGCUUCUGGAGGCACUGCCACAGCAGCCAAUGCCACUGCCGCUAAUGCUGCUGCAGCUACAGCACAGGGGGGAAAUCCUGGUGAACAGUUAUCCAGGAGAUGCGUUACUCUCCUCAAAAUGGCACUGAAGCCAGAUGUCUGGCCACAGUCUUGUGAUCUCAAGCUUGCCUGGCUCGACAAGGUAUUUGCCAGUGUUGACAAUACUCAGCCGAAUUAUGGAAACAUCUGUACAGCUUUGGAGCUCGUCACUUUUCUUCUUGGUGUCAUGAAACGAGAACAGAUUCUAGCGAGUUUUAAACCACUACAGAGGGGUCUUGGUGCUUGCAUUGCCAGUGCUAAUACCAAAGUCAUCAGGUUGGUUCAUGGAUUGUUGUCUAGAUUGAUGACAUUAUUUCCUACAGAGCCCACAUCCGCAAAUGUUGCCUCCAAACAUGAAGAAUUGGAUACCCUCUACACGACUGUUGGCAAAUUUGUAUUCGAUGGGCUUGCUGCUUACGAGAAAAAUCAAUCAGCAGCUCCAAGUACUUUAUUCGGCACUCUCAUGAUGCUGAAAGCAGCCUGCACCAAUAAUCAGAGUUAUAUCGAUCGACUGAUCACACCGUUUAUGCGAGUUCUUCAGAAAAUGGCGAAGGAUCAUCUGCACUCGACUCAAACCGAGUCAAAUCCAGUGGGAAGUGAACUUCUGAUUCUUAGCUUGGAUCUUGUUAAGAGUAGAGUUGGGGUGAUGGGAGUGGAAAUGAGAAAAUCAUUCAUUGGAGCUAUUCUCGUUGGACUGAUUGAAAAGACACAGGAUAUCAAGGUGAUGAAAGCAAUUACGAAAAUGCUGGAAGAGUGGAUGAAGAAUAAGAACACAAUUGCUAUGAAUCAAGCUCCCAGUCUUCGAGAGAAAUCAAUUCUCCUUGUCAAGAUGAUGCAGUACGUAGAGAAGAGAUUCCCAGAUGAUUUGGAGCUCAAUGGGCAGUUCCUCGAGCUCGUGAACUUUGUGUAUCGAGAUGAAACUCUUAAAUCCUCUGAGUUGACAUCAAAACUGGAGCCAGCGUUUCUAAGUGGGUUAAGGUGUAUACAACCUCACAUCAGAGCCAAAUUCUUCGAGGUCUUUGAUGGCUCGAUGCGAAGAAGACUCCAUGACAGACUAUUGUACAUCGUUUGCAGUCAGAGUUGGGACGCCAUGGGACCCCAUUACUGGAUAAAACAGUGUAUCGAGCUUCUCCUGGUGACAGCAUCCUCGACAACUCAGAUACAAUUAUCGAAUCAAGACACUCUGCUACCUUCUGUCAAUUCCAUAAUCAAUAUGGCAGAUUCUGAGGACCUCAAGGGCUUCAUGAUGUACACGAACGUGAAGGAAGAGCCCCAGGAAGUUCACGACCAGAGUGACAUCGCAAAUGAUCUAACGGAGACAAAGGACUCGAAGGACUGCAUAAUGAGAGAGAAAGAUGAGAUUUUCGAUCUCGAUCUGUCGACGGUUGAUUCGAGUGGAGCUGUCCCAGAGGAUGUCGUUAAAACCGUCACUGAGCAGACAGGAACUUUAACUCAACUCGUUUCAAAACAGUCAGAUUUUAUCGAACACUCGAGAAAGAUAAGGACAGAGCAGCUCCUCAAUUCUGCAGCUCAACUCUGCCACAUGGAUACUAAUCUUGCAGAAAGAGUCUGGCUCGAUACAUUCCCCAGGUUGUGGUCAAUCCUGGAUGAUCACCAGCACAACACUCUGAUUGGUGAAAUAGUGCCAUUCGUGUGUUCAGGAACCCACGUGAUCCAGAAGGACUGUCACCCAUCGGCGAUAGCAACUUUCGUCGAGGCCCUGGCACAUUGUGAUCCCCCAGUGCCAAUGAGACCAGCUCUCAUGAAGUACCUGGGUAGAUCUCACAAUAUCUGGCACAGAAUGACUCUCAGUCUCGAGCAGAUGGCAUUUGAUGGAAAUAGCUCGGGUAGCAGUAACCGAAAAUCAAGAGAAACUGAUUGCUACGAUUUCGAGCCUGACAACAGUCCGCACGCCGAAGUCCUGGAUUCAUUAUCAGACAUGUACUCAUUGCUGUGUGAGGAAGACAUGUGGGCAGGACUCUGGCAGAAGCAUGCCCAUUACAAAGAGACACUCCAGGCAACAGCACUGGAGCAACAGGGAUUCUUCGAGCAAGCGCAGAGUGCUUAUGAUCUAGCCAUGACUAAAUUCAAGGGAGAUUACGUGACAACACCAGCUCCAUUCAAAACACAACGAGAAGCUAUUCUGUGGGAGCACCACUGGAUACGAUGCGCCAAGGAAUUGAAUCAGUGGGAUCUUCUUCUCGAGUACGGGAGUAAAAAGGCUGAGAGAAAUCCAUUCCUCAUUCUCGAGAGUUCCUGGAGAAUUCCAAAUUGGGGACUGAUGAAGGAGGCACUUGCACAAGUCGAGCACAACUGCCCCAAGGAGAUGGCGUGGAAAGUGAAUCUCUACCGUGGCUUUCUCGCUAUUUGCCACUCGGAGGACCAACACCUCAAUGCAGUCGAGAGAUACGUGGAGCUUGCAUCGGGAUUAUGCAUGAGAGAGUGGAGGAGACUUCCCCAUAUUGUCUCCCAUAUUCAUCUGCCUCUUCUUCAGGCAGCCCAACAGAUAAUGGAGCUCCAGGAGGCUAUGCAGAUUCACCAGGGACUUAUCCAUGGUAGAUCAUCAUCCCUUCAUGAUAUGAAGGCCAUCGUUAAAACCUGGAGGAAUCGUUUACCAGUGAUUGCUGAUGACCUGAGCCACUGGUCUGAUAUAUUUACGUGGAGACAGCACCAUUACACUUUCAUAUCAUCGCACUACGACGCCCAGCAGGAUCAGACAACCAAUCACUCAAUGUUCGGGGUGCAUGCAUCAGCCCAGGCGAUCAUCCAUUUCGGAAAAAUCGCCAGGAAGCACAAUCUGACUGGUGUAUGUUUAGACUCGUUAUCCAGAAUCUACACGAUUCCCAGUGUUCCCAUCGUCGACUGCUUCCAGAAAAUUCGACAACAGGUCAAGUGUUAUCUGCAGAUGGCAUCAGUCAGUGGUAAAAAUGAACUGCAGGACGGUCUCGAGGUAAUCGAAUCCACCAAUCUCAAGUACUUCACCAAGGAGAUGACUGCAGAGUUCUACGCUCUCAAGGGAAUGCUUCUGUCACAGAUAGGUAGAUCAGAUGAUGCUAAUAAAGCAUUCUCAGCAGCUGUGCAGAUGCACGACACGUUGGUGAAGGCGUGGGCCCUCUGGGGUGAUUACCUCGAGCACAUAUUCACUCGCGAUGCCCGACAAAUAUCCAUCGGUGUCUCUGCAAUCACCUGUUUCCUCCAUGCCUGCAGACACCAGAAUGAAUCCAAGUCUCGAAAGUAUUUGGCUAAGGUGCUCUGGUUACUGACGUACGACGACGAGAAAUUCUCGUUGAUGGAGGCCCUCGAUAAAUAUGCAGUUGGAGUUCCUCCGAUUCAGUGGCUUCCAUGGAUUCCGCAGUUGCUCAUGUGUCUAGUCCGAAAUGAAGGAAAUGUCAUUCUCAAUUUAUUGUCACAAGUUGGGAGGAUGUUUCCACAAGCUGUUUAUUUCUCGAUUAGAACUCUCUACCUUACCCUGAAGAUCGAGCAGAGGGAGAGGUAUAAGAGUGCAGAGCUGGCUGGAAAGACUGAGGAAGGAAGGGUACAGCCAGGACCAGAGACUGGUCCCAUCAGGGCAACUCCACCCAUGUGGAGGUGCUCCAAGAUCAUGCACAUGCAGAGAGAUAUUCAUCCGACUAUUCUGUCGUCUCUGGAGGGAAUCGUCGACCAAAUGGUGUGGUUCAGGGAGACGUGGUACGAGGAAGUACUCAGACAGCUUAGACAGGGCCUUGCCAAGUGCUAUGCCAUUGCCUUCGAGAACAGAGGAGCCGUCUCAGAGGCAACCAUCACUCCCCAUACCCUCAAUUUUGUGAAAAAACUCGUAUCAACUUUUGGCAUUGGCAUCGAGAACAUAUCAUCUUCUCAAAACGUCAACAACACUUUCGGCUCAGCUGCAUCAGAGAGCCUCGCUAGGAGAGCACAAGCCACUGUUCAGGAUCCUGUUUUCCAGAAGAUGAAGGGCCAGUUCACCUCGGAUUUCGAUUUCACCGUGCCUGGAGCUAGACUACUCCAUAAUUUGAUCAGCAAACUGAAGAAGUGGAUUAAAAUCCUGGAAGGAAAGACAAAGCAAUUGCCCAAAUCUUUUCUCAUCGAGGAGAAGUGCAGGUUCCUGAGUAAUUUCAGUCUGAAAACAGCUGAGGUAGAGUUACCGGGGGAGUUUUUACUCCCCAAGCAUUCGCAUUAUUACGUGAGAAUAGCUAGAUUUAUGCCGAGGGUGGAGGUUGUUCAGAGGCACAACACAGCUGCCAGGAGAUUGAGGAUCAGGGGCCAUAAUGGACGACUCUAUCCUUAUCUAGUUGUAAAUGAUGCUGGCCUGGGGGAUGCUAGAAGAGAGGAAAGGGUCCUGCAAUUGCUGAGGAUGCUUAAUCAUUACUUGGCGAAGCAGAAGGAGACCUCGCGGAGAUUCCUGCAUUUCACUGUACCAAGGGUUGUGGCAGUUUCUCCCCAAAUGAGACUUGUCGAGGAUAAUCCAGCGUCAGUUUCCCUCUUGGACAUCUAUAAGAAGGGUUGUGCUAAGAUGGGAAUUGAGCAUGACGCCCCCAUAGCUAGGUAUUACGAGAGGCUAGCAGCUGUUCAGGCAAGGGGAGCACAGGCAAGCCAUCAGGUCCUUCGGGAUAUUCUUAAAGAGGUGCAGACCAGUAUGGUACCCAGGACAAUGCUCAGGGACUGGGCUGUCAAGACUUUUCCCUCUGCCACUGACUACUGGACCUUCAGAAAAAUGUUUACCCUCCAAUUAUCUCUCGCAUGUUUCGCUGAGUAUGUCCUUCAUCUGACGAGACUUAAUCCUGACAUGAUGUAUGUGCAUCAGGACUCGGGACUCAUUAAUGUGGCUUAUUUCAAGUUUGAUAUUGAUGAUACGAGUGGAGAGCUCGAUGCCAACAGACCUGUACCCUUCAGACUAACACCCAAUAUUCUUGAGUUCUUAACUGGCACUGGAGUCUCUGGACCUCUCACAGCAUCAGCCAUUGCCACUGCCAGGUGUCUUGUUCAACCAUCGUUCAAGGUCCAUACGAUUCUCAGGGCUAUUCUCAGGGAUGAGGUAAUUGCUGAUCACAAUAAGAAGCAGGAUGAUCCUGAAAACGCAACGCAAGUGCCUGAUAUGAAGGGGGAAUUACUGAUUACGAUGGUCACGAGGGCUGUCAAUGCUAUUGUACAGAGGCUUAAUUCAUUGGCGACUUUUGAUGGGACUGAUAGCAAAGUUGGAACACUCGUUGCUGCUGCGAACAGUCAUGAUAAUUUAUGUAGAAUGGAUCCUAGUUGGCAUCCUUGGUUGUAAAUUUAAUGGAUGUACAGGAUUCGGGGGAGUUGGGGUGGAAAUCACACUAGAUACUUAUUAGGUCGAGUAAUUCGGGAGAAUAGAGGAAGAAUGAGGGCUGUCUAUCUUCAUUUCACUUUUGUGAGAAUUGAAGGGAAACUACUGAGUUUUCAAUAUUUAAGAUUAUUGAAAGUCUUUUAAUUCAAUUUUCCAAUGACCUUUCAUUAAUUUUUU